AUGAAGUUCACGCAGCCCAUUGUCGUUCUUGCCUCGCUGGCCUUUGCCACUACCGCGCUUUGCGCACCCAUCUCCUCGGAGGCAGGCCCCGCCCGCCGCAGCGCUGAGAAGCCCAACCUCAUCGACUCCGUCAAUGCUGCAGUCGUGGAUCUCGGCCUUCGUGACGUCGUGGAAGAACUCAAUGCAGCCGCGGAAGACCUCGGACUGCGCCGUAACGUGAUCGACGAGACCAAUGCUGCAGUUGAAGACCUCGGACUGCGUCGUAACGUCAUCGACGAGAUCAACGCGGCCGUUGUAGAUCUUGGGCUGCGCAGGCGCAACCUUAUCGAUGAGAUCAAUGCCGCAGUGGUGGACUUGGGUCUCUAA